UUUUGCGUUCAGAAGUGCAGGAGCAGCUGACACACAAAGAGUCGCUGUGAUGUUAUCGGGAGAGGACGGCGCACAGCUUCAGUGCACUGUGACGGUGGAGCAGCUCAACAGCUCGGGACAGGCCACCCAGAGGAAGGCCAUCCGCAAAGCCUCAGUAAUUCUGGGCCGGAAUGAGCACCAGGAGAUCAUCCUGCGAGUCCACGACGGCAAAGUGCCCCAAAGCUACCAUCUGAAAGAGUUCAAACUUUUCACCAAGUUUGCCAGAGAUGGGAAGUGCACCGUGAAACUGGUCCCUGAAAACAUCCAGGUCCUCAUGUCAAACUGUCCGACUGACCAGCUUAGCCUCUUUCUCAAAACCCUGAGCAUCAAACACCAGGCAUGGAAGGGCAGCAAGCCUCUGAGCAACCGAGAGAAGCUCAAGGCCGGCCUGCCCCGCAGCUUCGAGGCCAUCAGCCCCCUGCAGCAAAAAGACAUCCAGAAAGUCAAUGAGCUGAGAAGUAAAGUGGCUCCUAACGGACUGACGGACCGCACUAAUAGGAUGACAGCUGCAGGUACAGGACAGCAGGUCAAACGCUCCAGGAGUGACUGUAACUUCAGCCCAGUAAAGGCCAACCCGAGUAAGAAGCCAAUCCUCUCCUUACCAUCACGCAAGCUUAACAAAGAGCAGGCUGCUGUUCUCAGUGCAGUGCUGAGUGGCAAGAAUGUCUUUUUCACCGGAAGUGCAGGUACAGGGAAGUCCUUCUUGCUCAAGAGAAUCAUGGGAUCUCUUCCACCAAAGAGCACUUUUGCCACAGCCAGCACAGGAGUGGCUGCGUGUCACAUCGGAGGGACAACGUUACACAACUUUGCUGGUAUUGGCUCAGGCUCUGCCCCACUGGAGCAGUGCAUCGAGCUGGCUCAGAGGCCCGGGGUGCUCCAGCACUGGACUAGCUGUCGACACCUUAUCAUUGAUGAGAUUUCCAUGGUGGAGGCUCAGUUCUUUGACAAGCUCGAGGCAGUAGCUAGGUCGGUGAGGAGGUCUACCGAGCCAUUUGGAGGGAUCCAGCUGAUCGUUUGUGGUGACUUUCUUCAGCUGCCUCCAGUUUCUAAGGGAAAAGAAAAAGCCAGCUUCUGUUUUCAGGCCAGGAGUUGGCGUAAGGUGAUCCAGAUCAAUAUGGAGUUAACGGAAGUGCGGAGGCAAACAGACCAGAGCUUCAUCUCCCUCCUGCAGGCAGUGAGGGUGGGGAGGGUGACGGAGGAAGUCACAGCCAAGCUGAUCAAAAGUGCCAACCAUCAGAUUGAAAGGGACGGUAUCCUAGCGACCAGGCUGUGCACACACAAAGAUGACGUUGAUCUCACCAACGAGAACAAACUCCAGCAAUUACCAGGGUCAGCGCGUCUGUUUGAGGCACUAGACAGCGACCCAGUGCUGGUCAAGACUAUAGAUGCUCACAGUCCUGUCGGCAGGCUGAUCCAACUCAAAGUGGGAGCUCAGGUCAUGCUGACAAAGAACUUGGAUGUUGCUCGAGGUCUGGUGAAUGGAGCACGAGGUGUCGUGGUUGAUUUUGAGUCUGGAAAACAUGGACUCCCACGCGUGCGUUUCCUGUGCGGCGUCACAGAGGUGCUGAAGCCAGAGCGCUGGGUGUUUAAGUCCGGUGGUGGGAUCCACCUGAGCCGACAGCAGCUGCCACUCAAAUUGGCCUGGGCCAUCUCCAUCCACAAGAGCCAGGGAAUGACGCUGGACUGUGUGGAAAUAUCUUUGGCUCGUGUGUUUGAGAGUGGCCAGGCUUACGUGGCCCUGUCUCGGGCUCGGAGCCUCGAGGGUCUAAGGGUCAUGGAUUUUGACCCCCGCGUGGUCCGGGCAGACCCAGAAGUCCUCCUCUUCUACAGAAAACUGAGGAAGGAAAGGUUGCUCAUGCAGGCCUCCAUGGAUGAUUUUGUUAGCAACAAUAAAGAAAACGCAUGGUGAGGCUGGCUCUAAAUCCACUCUAAUGAUAUGCACUAUGUGCAUGAGUUAUUGAGCUAUUUCACCAUUUAACCUUAUUUUCUUGAGACUUCAAUCUCUACUUGGAGUCACACUGCCACCAUCUGCUCAUCACUAUACUUUUUUUCAGAGGUUAUUUUUUAAAUUAUUUUUUUUUUUACAUGUAUUCAAAUAAAA